AUGUGGACCAUCAAAAUCCCUGCUUUACUAGGUCUGGUUUCGAUUGCGUUCGCCGUGCCUUUGCAGACAACCUUCAACGGAAUUGAAAUUGUGCAUAGGCAAACAGCUAGAGAGAUCGAUACAUGGGCACUCAAUCCCGCGGGCGAGGCUGCUGUCAUCAAAGUCAAGAAGUAUACCAACGAACGCCCUGAAUAUGAACUUCACCUUCUAGCUAUCAACGCACAGUACACAGUGCCAUCGGUCCUGUAUGGUCAAGCUGUUGGCGAAUCACUGUAUACGUUUUUGGAUGAUAAGACAUUUCUGACCCUAAUUGAGAGUCGUCAUAAAGGGAUAUGGAAAUUAAGCUCCCAAACUCUCAAUUGUACCACCAUUCCCCCCGCCUUUCCCCCUUCCGCCUCGCCGGCUCAGAUGGUCACCAAGCUAGCAGUGUCAUCGAAUGUGGAACAGCUCAUCUUCUCGUCAGGGGCAAGAAUCUUGAGUCUGAUUUUGAAGUCAGGGGAAGUAAUUUUGCUCGAUUUGGCGGAAGAGAAAGGGAACUGGAAAAUCAAGGGGAAACCAAGAACACCAUCAUUUGAUAAUCUGGUCAUAAAUGAUGCUACCAGUAAUGCAACUCAUCUAGCUCUUACCGCCCGCUCAGCAUCUUCGAAGCUGCCGUCCGCUCUAUAUAGCCUCAGCCUUCUCGAUCCCGAUGCCACUCCCCAACGAUUGACGACAUCCUCGCGGAACGUCUUGAGCUCGCCAACAUUUGGAGCGGAUAACCAUCUCGCCUGGUUGUCACAAGUAAAAGACGAAAAACGAGAACUCUGGUUAUGGAAUGGACAAGACAAGUGGAAGGUAGAUCUUUCGUUCGAGCACUCUCCCAAAACAGUAUUAUUUUCCAAGGAUGGAAAAGCGAUUUAUCUCCUUGCUGAACAUGAAACCCAACAAUCGCUGUUCCACUUGUGGACACCUAAUCAAUAUGCACACGACGCGAUCAAGCCUGUUAGGAUACCUUCAAAUGGUACUAUAUAUUCAGCAAUCCAUGUUGGAAUCACUCCACUUGAUCAUGCACACCUAAUUGGGCUGAAGAGUGACCAUGACAAGAAUGAAGGUAAAGAACUCUGGGUGAUCAGUCAUUCACCUCAUCAAGAUCCAACCUACAACUAUGAGAAUAUAAGAUUAACAUAUUUCACUUGA